UAGCGGUUUUCCAAAAUAAACCGCUACAUUAAAUAGCGGUUUUUUGUAAACAAACCGCUACUUCAAGUAGCGGUUUUAAACUAAAAAACCGCUACUUGAAGUGGCGGUUUAUUGCAAAGAAACCACUACUUGAAGUAGCGGUUUACCCUGGACCGGAAAAAAAAAAAAACCGGUUUUUUAACCAGUGCUUACGUGGACGGUAAAAUGGAAAUUCUUAAAACUUUGGCUGCAAUUUGGGAAUUGCGGUUCUUCUUGACCUUAAUUUGGGAAAGAGCUCCAAGAAAAAAUGUCCCUACUUCCGCUAUCAAUUCAAGGCUAUCAUAAUCAAUACAGAAUUCCCAGAUCAUAACACCCUUUUCUACCUUUUAUGGCCUACUCUUUAAACUCACCCCACACUUCCACAUUCUUUAACAAAAUGUGAUUUUGCAUUUGCAUACUCAUUCUUCAACACUUUACCUCUUUUUUUUUUUUUCUUUUUUCUCUCUCUCCUAAAAUUACAAAAAAAAAAUGAAACACACCCAAAUCCUCAAAUUCUUAUUUCUACUAAUCCCAUUAACUAUCAUCAUCAUCUUCAUACUCUUUAUUUGCUUGUUCAAGAGAAAAAACCCAGAAAAUCAGAAAGAAGGCGGUGAAUCUAGUGAUGACCCAGAAUUAGGAAACAUAAUUAACAGUAUUAGUAAUGAUGAGGGGUUGAUGUGCUUCGAAGGGGGCGAAGAUCUGACCGUUUCUGACAUUUUAGAUGCACCUGGUGAAGUAAUUGGAAAAUCAAGCUAUGGUACAUUGUACAAAGCUGAUUUAUUUAGGAAAAAUAAUAAUUGUAAUUCAGUUUUGUUGCUUAGAUUUUUGAGACCUGCUUGUAGUGGGACCAUUAGAGAAGUAAUUCCUGUAGUGCAUGCAAUUGGUUUGGUCAGGCAUUCUAAUUUGGUCCCUCUUAAGGCUUUUUAUAUGGGCCCCAGAGGUGAGAAGCUUUUGGUUCAUCCAUUUUAUGCUCAUGGAAAUCUUGCUCAAUUUAUUAAAGAUAGCAACAAUGAGUCCUACAAAUGGGAUGUGAUUUAUAUCAUUGCCCUCGGUUUAGCAAAGGGAGUGGCUUAUCUUCACACAGGAUUGCACAAACCCCUAAUACAUGGCAAUCUCAAGUCCAAAAACGUAUUAUUGGGGCCAGAUUUUCAGCCAUAUAUAUCAGAUUACAGUCUUUAUCUGGUCUUGAACCCAACAGCAGGACUAGAAAUGCUCGAGACUUCUGCAGCUCAGGGCUAUAAGGCUCCUGAGCUGAUGAAAAUGAAGGAUGUUAAUGAAAGUACUGAUAUAUACAGUCUUGGAAUACUCUUGCUAGAAUUGCUUACUGGCAGAGAACCUAUUAGUGUAAACUCAUCAGACUCACAGGAAUAUUUCUUGCCUAAUGUCAUCCGAACUGCAAUUUUGGACCAUCGGAUCAAGGACAUGUAUCAUCCCAACAUUGUAUCUAAUCAAACAGGAAAACAAAGGCACAGGACAGAAGAUCGUGCCCUGAAGCUAGUUCAGCUUGCAAUGUCUUGCUGUUCUGCAUCGCCUUCUCUUAGACCACCAGCAAAUGAAGUCCUAAGGAAAAUUGAGGAAAUUGGAAAGGAACCAGCUUUACAACACAAAAGAACUUGACACAGGGAUGUGGCACUUAUGAUUGAUGAAUGAUUAACAUCAUAUUAUGGCAAUUUUUUCAUUGUCAUAAAAAUCGGCGCAUGCCGGGACAGGGACAACAAAGAUCUUGCAGUAGGGAAAGUUUCUGACUUUUGAUGAAUCUAGUGUGCCCACAAUCUUAACAAAGUUGAAGGUUUGAGUCAGAUGGCAAAGAAAUCCAUUGGAAUUUGUGCUCAGGCUGCUGGAAUUUCCAGGAUUUAUUUAAUUGCCUAGUAUCAGGGAAACAUGGGAUGCUGGAUUUUAUUGGGGCCCUCAUAAUGAUCUUCUUGUCUGGAGAUUACCCAAGAAUUUGGCUAAGGAAAGCUCAACAAGAUCUUGCUAAUGAUGAUGCUUAACAGAAUGAUUUUUGCUCAAUUCUUUUUUUAAGGGGUGGGGAGGCAAAGCCUGCAUUGUAUUUUUUGUGGGAUGUAGAUAUUUAUACUCAACUCGAACUAUCCAAAUUCGAGCAAUGAAGUAAAUUCUUGUACAACGAAAGCAUAGGAAACUCGAAUUAUGUUGUAAAAUGUUACUCUAUAGUAGUUUAAAUCUAUGCUGAUCAUUUGAAUCUCUCA